UGCCGCGGCCGCCGCCGCCGUCGCCGCCGCCGCCAGGGCGCGGGGAGAGAUGGCGGCGGGGUGCGGAGCGCGGCGGCCCCGCGGCCCGCUGCUGCUGCUGCUGCUGCUGCUGCUGCUCGGACGCCCGGCCACCGCCGCGGGAGGCGGCCCCGCGCCGCAGUCCCCAGGAGCCGGCGUGCGGAUGUUCACCCCAUUUCAUUUUCUCGUGGAGCCAGAGGACACGCUCUCUGUCAGAGGCUCUUCUGUCACACUGAACUGCUCAGCAUAUUCUGAACCGCCUCCAAAAAUCGAAUGGAAAAAAGACGGAACGUUUUUGAACUUAGUGUCUGAUGACCGACGCCAGCUUCUCCCGGAUGGAUCUUUAUUUAUCAGCAACGUGGUGCAUUCCAAGCACAACAAACCCGAUGAAGGUUAUUACCAGUGUGUGGCCACUGUCGAGAGCCUGGGAACCAUUGUUAGCAGGACAGCCAAGCUCACGGUAGCAGGUCUUCCAAGAUUUACCAGUCAACCAGAGCCCUCUUCUGUUUAUGCUGGAAACAAUGCGGUGCUGAAUUGCGAAGUGAAUGCAGAUUUGGCCCCAUUUGUGAGGUGGGAACAGAACAGACAGCCCCUUCUUCUGGAUGACAGAGUCGUCAAGCUUCCGAGUGGGGCACUGGUCCUCAGCAACGUGACCGAGGGAGACGGAGGCCUUUACCGCUGCGUGAUUGACAGUGGCGGGCCACCCAAGUACAGUGACGAGGCAGAACUGAAAGUUCUCCCAGAGCCUGAGGUGCCGUCAGACUUGGUAUUCCUGAAGCAGCCCUCCUCCUUGGUCAAAGCUGUGGGUCAGAGCGUGGUGCUGCCUUGUGUUGCUUCAGGACUUCCUGCUCCCGUCAUCAGAUGGGUGAAGAAUGAGGAGACACUCGACACAGACAGCUCCGAAAGACUUGUCCUCCUGGCAGGGGGUAGCCUGGAGAUCAGUGCUGUCACUGAGAAUGAUGCUGGGACGUAUUCCUGUGUUGCUGACAGUGGCAAUGAGACAAUUGAGGCCCAAGCAGAGCUCACCGUGCAAGCUCACCCUGAGUUCUUGAAGCGGCCUGCUAGUCUGUAUGCUCACGAGUCUAUGGAUAUCGUGUUUGAGUGUGAAGUGACUGGGAAACCAGCUCCAACUGUAAAGUGGGUCAAAAAUGGGGAUAUGGUGAUCCCAAGUGACUACUUUAAGAUUGUAAAGGAACACAACCUUCAAGUUUUAGGUCUGGUGAAGUCAGAUGAAGGGUUCUAUCAGUGCAUUGCUGAGAACGAUGUUGGGAACGCACAGGCUGGAGCCCAGCUCAUCAUCCUGGAACAUGAUGUUGCCAUCCCAACAUUACCUCCCACUUCACUGACCAGUGCCACUACUGACCAUCUAGCACCAGCUACAACGGGACCACUGCCCUCAGCUCCCCGGGAUGUCGUGGCCUCCCUGGUCUCGACCCGCUUCAUCAAGCUAACGUGGCGGACGCCCGCGUCAGACCCUCAGGGAGACAGCCUCACCUACUCUGUGUUCUACACCAAGGAAGGGACUGCCAGAGAACGUGUUGAAAAUACGAGUCGCCCAGGAGAAAUGCAAGUGACCAUUCAGAACCUAAUGCCGGCAACUGUGUACAUCUUCAGAGUCACGGCUCAAAAUAAGCACGGCUCCGGCGAGAGCUCGUCUCCGCUGCGAGUAGAAACGCAGCCUGAAGUCCAGCUCCCUGGCCCAGCACCUAACAUCCGGGCAUACACAACGUCCCCCACGUCCAUCACUGUCACGUGGGAGAAACCAGUGUCUGGCAAUGGAGAGAUUCAGAACUACAAGUUGUACUACAUGGAAAAGGGGACCGACAAGGAGCAGGAUGUUGAUGUUUCAAGUCACUCCUACACCAUUAACGGGUUGAAAAAAUACACCGAGUACACAUUCCGCGUGGUGGCCUACAAUAAGCAUGGUCCCGGGGUGUCCACACAAGAUGUCGCCAUCCGAACGCUGUCAGACGUUCCCAGUGCUGCUCCUCAGAAUCUGUCCUUAGAAGUGAGAAAUUCCAAGAGUAUCCUGGUUCACUGGCAGCCCCCUCCCCCCACCACGCAAAAUGGGGUGAUUUCUGGCUACAAGAUUCGCUAUCGGAAAGCCUCCAGAAAGAGUGAUGUCACUGAGACCCUGGUAGCGGGGACGCAGCUGUCCCAACUGAUUGAAGGUCUUGAUCGGGGGACUGAGUACAACUUCCGAGUGGCUGCUCUGACCGUCAAUGGCACGGGCCCGGCGACCGACUGGCUGUCGGCUGAGACCUUUGAAAGUGACUUGGAUGAAACUCGUGUCCCAGAUGUGCCAAGCUCUCUUCAUGUCCGUCCCCUGGUCACUAGCAUUGUCGUGAGCUGGACACCCCCUGAGAAUCAGAACAUUGUGGUCAGAGGCUAUGCCAUCGGGUACGGCAUCGGCAGCCCUCACGCCCAGACCAUCAAGGUGGACUAUAAACAACGCUAUUACACCAUUGAAAACCUCGAUCCGAACUCCCACUACGUGAUUACACUGAAAGCCUUUAACCACGUGGGCGAAGGCAUCCCUCUAUACGAGAGCGCCGUGACCAGGCCCCACACAGUGCCAGAUCCCACCCCCAUGAUGCCACCCGUGGGAGUUCAGGCUUCCAUCCUGAGUCACGACACCAUCAGGGUCACCUGGGCGGACAACUCGCUGCCCAAACACCAGAAGAUCACAGACUCCCGCUACUACACGAUCCGGUGGAAAACCAACAUCCCAGCCAACACCAAGUAUAAGAAUGCAAAUGCAACAACCCUGAGUUACUUGGUGACUGGUUUAAAGCCAAAUACUCUCUAUGAAUUCUCUGUGAUGGUGACCAAAGGUCGAAGGUCAAGCACGUGGAGUAUGACAGCCCACGGAACCACUUUUGAGUUGGUUCCUACUUCCCCGCCAAAGGACGUGACAGUCGUGAGUAAGGAGGGAAAACCCAGAACCAUAAUCGUGAACUGGCAGCCUCCUUCUGAAGCCAAUGGCAAAAUUACAGGUUACAUCAUCUAUUACAGCACGGAUGUGAACGCCGAGAUACAUGACUGGGUCAUUGAACCUGUCGUGGGAAACAGGCUGACUCACCAAAUCCAGGAGCUGACUCUAGACACACCAUACUACUUCAAGAUCCAGGCCCGCAACUCCAAGGGCAUGGGGCCCAUGUCUGAAGCCGUCCAGUUCAGGACACCCAAAGCGGACUCCUCUGAUAAAAUGCCCAAUGACCAAGCCUCAGGGUCUGCAGGAAAAGGAAGCCGGCUGCCGGACCUGGGAUCCGACUACAAACCUCCAAUGAGCGGCAGCAAUAGCCCUCACGGGAGCCCCACAUCCCCGCUGGACAGCAACGUGCUGCUGGUGCUCAUCAUCUCCGUGGGCGUCAUCACCAUCGUGGCCGUCGUCAUCAUUGCCGUCUUCUGCACCCGGCGCACCACCUCUCACCAGAAGAAGAAACGUGCCGCCUGCAAGUCAGUGAACGGCUCCCACAAGUACAAAGGGAACUCGAAGGACGUGAAGCCCCCAGACCUGUGGAUCCAUCACGAGAGGCUGGAGCUGAAGCCCAUCGCCAAGUCUCCAGACCCCAACCCCAUCAUGACGGACACCCCGAUUCCUCGCCACUCUCAAGACACCACCCCCGUGGGCACCUCCUCGGACGGCAGCACCCACCAGAGGCGGAAUUCCUACAGAGGACAUGAAUCAGAAGAUAGCAUGUCUACACUGGCUGGCAGGCGGGGCAUGAGACCGAAAAUGAUGAUGCCCUUUGAUUCUCAGCCACCCCAGCCUGUGAUUAGUGCCCAUCCCAUCCAUUCCCUCGAUAACCCUCACCAUCAUUUCCACUCCAGCAGCCUCGCUUCUCCAGCCCGCAGCCAUCUCUACCACCCGGGCAGCCCAUGGCCCGUGGGCACGUCCAUGUCCCUUUCAGACAGGGCCAAUUCCACAGAGUCUGUGCGCAACACACCCAGCACCGACACCAUGCCAGCCUCCUCGUCCCAGACGUGCUGUGCCGACCACCAGGAUCCAGAAGGUGCCACCAGCUCCUCCUACUUGGCCAGUUCUCAAGAGGAGGACUCAGGCCAGGGCCUUCCCACGGCCCACGUCCGCCCUUCGCACCCACUGAAGAGCUUCGCGGUGCCAGCAGUUCCACCGCCAAGGCCCCCCACCUAUGAUCCCGCAUUGCCAAGCACACCAUUACUGUCUCAGCAAGCUCUGAACCACCAUCUUCACGCAGUGAAGACAGCCUCCAUCGGGACUCUGGGAAGGAGCCGGCCUCCUAUGCCCGUGAUUGUUCCCAGUGCCCCCGAAGUGCAGGAGACCACCAGGAUGCUGGAAGACUCCGAGAGUAGCUACGAACCAGAUGAGCUGACCAAAGAGAUGGCCCACCUGGAGGGACUGAUGAAGGACCUGAAUGCCAUCACGACCGCAUGACAGCCCUCCCCAGGCUGGGGCUCGGAGCCGGAGUCAGACAGGUCGUGGACUUAGCCUGGAGUAAGGACUUGUACAGAGCACGAGGGGACAGCACUGGAGCAUGCAGCCUCUGCCCCACACACUCGGGGGCCGGUUCCACGCCUGGCCACUGCCUUCCCCUGGUCAGCCUGGAGGAAGCCUUCCCUCUGCCUGCUGAUACCAGCAGGACUGGGCACCAUGGGCCAAAAUUCUGCAUCCAGGGAAAAGGCGGCAAGCUUUGUGGUCAGGCUGCAUCUUGGUGCUGCAACCACGUCACCCGUGUGGAGUAUAGACAUUGGCGUUGAUGUAUGAUUUUUAUUUUAUUUUACCUUCAAGAAGAGAGAAGUGAUCCACAAACCCAAGGACAUCCGUGGAGUUCUCUGCAAGUGGUUGGCGUUUGACGGCUUGUUCCAGUUCCAUAGGAAAGUCAUUCACCAUGGGGUUGUUCCAGGGGUUCGCUUGUUUUCUGGUUAAACUGAGUCAGCGCAUCCUCCAUCAGUUGUUCCCCCAUCCCUUGGAGGGGCAGAAAUGUUGCAUUACUGUUGGUAAGCUGUUUUAUUAUUUUUUUAUCCUAAUUAUUAAAGGCCUGCCUUCCUCCUCCAACACUGUGAGGCCGCAGAGCUAUCGAGCGAAAUGUAACUCCCAAGAAGGCUUGUUCUUUACUUCUGUGCAGUUUCAUGAUGAGGGUGGGGCGGGAGGGGAGGGGGCGGAGGCAGCUGAGGUGCCAGGUGUCCACCACCGUGCCAUCUCCCGGGAGCCCACAGAGAGUGGACAGGUCCUGCCUGACCUUCCUGGCUAGUCACUGCGACACCAAGCGCAGUCUCGUUUCCAUCUGGUUUAAAGUCCUUCCAUGCAAUAAGUGGCUCGAGGUUUAACCAGCUUCAGAGCAAAGCGCAAGGGAGACCCUUUUUGGCUGCCUCCACGUGUUCCCCUGUAGGAAAGCUGAAGGCUGAGGAAGGAGCCACCCUGCCUCUCCGGGCUGGCCCCCCAGCAGCACCCCUCAGGAGCAUGAGCAAGGCCAUGGAGGGGAGGGCUCCCGUGUCCUUGAGAGCCUCGCUUAUUCAUGUAGGCA